GCCAUAAACGCAGCCAUAAACGCAGCCAUAAACGCAGCCAUAAACGCGCAUUGAUGAAUGCUUUAAAAAUUCUCGUUCACCACUAUUUACAACUUUGAUAACAGCGUAAAAAAGCACUAGACAUUGACAAUGCCUGAUAUUGAGUACUACACAAUAGUAUAUGCUUGCCAUCUUUGUGAAGGUUCAGAAUUUUCUAAUGCUCGAAACUUGAGAGACCACUAUGAAAAUGUCGAAGCCCCCAUGGCAAGACCAGAAGUAGACACAAGCUUUAAAACUCUUAAGAGCGAAAAAAAAUGGACUCUCUUGUGUUUAUAUCAAAGUUAUAAGUCGCGUUCACUGAACAUAAAACAACUACAAAUAUCACAUCUCUCAACUGGGACAGUGGUAGAAAAUCAAUUAUAUGAAUUUGGCAAGCUUCAAAUUGAAGAGCAUCCUUCUCAGUCUUUAAUCUUUGAUGUCAACGAUUCUGAACUGUAUAACAAACAUGGAAUAUUUACGAGUGGUGAGAUUGAGGAGAUAAUGUCUAAUUGUGACAACGUACCAUUGCAACUGCCUGACAAUUUUAAACAAUAUUUAAACAAAUUCAACUACAAAUCAACAGUAGACAUAAGAAAAACAUUGAAUGAAAAAGAAAGUUGGGGAAGACAACUACGAUCAAGACGAGCAUAUGUAUGGGUUGUUGAAUCCAAUCCAUACAUAUGCUUUUACAAGAGUACGAACUUGAUAAUUUCGCAAGUGAACACUCUGAAAACUGGUAUAAUAUACACUUGUGGUGUAAUAUUGACAGAUGCUUUGGAAAAGGGCUGGAGAUGA